CUUGAAGAUAUUAUGGAGACUGAGACGUAUAAGAUGGCCAAGAUCAUCCUAGAGAGAUUUGAUCCUGACUCGACUCAUAUUAAAAAACGUGAGAAGACAAUGGACUUUGAAGAGAAGAUAAAACCUCUGGAGGUUGGGACCGACUGUCACCAAAGACCUUUAGCAUCGUGCCAAGGCAGACCCUGGGUAUCGAGAUCUCCUUGUGGGUCGAUCUCACAGGCCAAGCUUCCGCUGCAAAGGGAUUCAUCGACCCGGUCUCCGGCACCACCACACACUGCGUCAAACACAGCAGCUGUCUCUCGAGCAGACUUCCACCCUCCAGGCCCCCCUCGUCCCAGACCCACUGCCCCUCGUGGCCAAGGUUGGAUCAUUAAGAUCCUGGAGUAUUUAAUUGGUGUCGGCUUUCGGAACAGAAGUGCUCUAAUCUGCCGUCAUUGUUACUGCCACAACGGGAUGGCGCUGAGAGAGGAGUUUGAGUACAUGGCGUUCAGAUGUGCCUAUUGCUUUGUAUUGAACGCUGCCAAGAAGACUCGUUGCCGGGGGUGCCAACCUGUGAUGGGCAGUGGACAGACGCCCCAUUCUUUGGACUGGGGUCCACGACGGGAGGCCAAGCCCCAAGAGAUAGUUGGUCAGUCAGAUCCAAAAGACAACACAUCUGCUGUCAAAGUGCCCAGCGACGAGGUCCGGGAAGACGGAAUAACCGGACGGGUGGAACCUCAGCCGAAGACGGCUAAAACAGGAGCGGGAGAGGGGGCCGAACAAUCACAGGAGGGGGUCGAACAAUCACAGGAGGGGGUCAAUGCAAAAGCCCCAGAGACCACCGUCCCGGAGAGCCCACCCUGAGGUGGUUGGCUCUGUUUCAGGGAUAGAUUGCUUAUUAAUGCCUGUCCUCCAAGGCAGCGCUCCCCCUCGGACUCUCACACACUGGAUCCUUAUUAAAGCUGUAACCUAGAGCCUCUUCACAGCCUUGUGUAUGUAGCUCGCUCCAGAGCGCCUCCUGUGGCCACUUGGACUCCUUCAGUUAAGAGGAUUGCUGUGCGCUUGCGUGGGGAAACUUAUAAUAAUCCUUGCAUUUAAUGUAGCGCCUUAUCACA